AACCGCAAGAGGGCGGGCUCCACAAUGUAGGGCGCGGCGGUACUUUCGAACUGUCUAGUCUACGUCUUGAUUUUUUCAAGCUCUUGACUAGACUUCUGUACAUGGCUUUUUGCACAAGAAAACUACCGUCUGACAGCGAUAAAUUUGUGAUUUGAUGGACAUGGUUGUUGGGGGAUCGACAAGAGUAUGAACACAGCAGCUGAGAUCUAGUUGAAUGAAUCCACAAUGGCUUUCACGCCAUCGGUCGUUUCCAAGCAGCAGAAAUACACCAUCACUCCAGCCAAAAGGGACGAGGAUUUAUCAGAAGCUUCAUCCAGCAACUCCAGAGUGUCUUACAGGUCCAUGUAUUACAUCAGUGGCGGUCUUCUAGACACCAGAGAGAAUCGUAAUGUGGAAUUCAAGGCAGCCCAAGGGAGUUACAUCUACGACAUUCUACCCUCAGCUGUCGAGAAGUAUGGCUGUGCAUUUGCCAACGGAGAAGGGGGGACGCUCUAUCUCGGGAUAAAAGACAAUGGUGUUAUCAUGGGUGUGUAUGUCACAGCGAAAGACGAAGAACACAUACUGCGCACCAUCCAAAAGGCAUUUGAUAAGUUCUUGCCCAGACCACCCUGCCACAGUGUACGACUGAUACCUCUGUGUUCCCCCAAUGGAUCCCGGGUGUUUUUCAGUUACAAAGUAAUUGAAAUAUCUGUCAAGGCAGGGACGCUGGAAGAUAUCUUCGAGACUAGUGACCACAAGGUAUUCAUCAAACGGGACGGCAGCAUCGAGCUCCAAAAUGCGCUACAGAUAAAGGAUCUUGCAAUAACAAAGUACAAGCAGAUGCUGGGGCAGCGUUUGUAGCCAAUGGCAAAAGUAUUCACUCAAGCAGCUGAUUUCAGAUGGUCAACUACAUUGAGCAGCCUCGCUAUAAAGUACCACCAGCAAAGUCAGUUUCUGAGCAAAUGGAUGUGUUCAAAAUAAAAUUUCAAAAAUGUAAUUUUUGCAACAAUUUCAUAUUAGCUGCAGUUAAACUAUACAGAUUGUCUGGUGUGGUGCGCUGUGGUCAAGUGGUUACGGUGUUUGACUCAUGUGCCGUGGUACGUGGGUUUGAACCAUGACUUGGAACUUGGUGCCUUUGUUUUUGAGCAAGACACUGCCUCUCUCCACCCGGUAGUGUAGGUACUUGCUUUUCGUAGCAAAAAAAAAAAACCUGGUGCUCAGUGAAGCUGGUUGCAAAGCUCUUUGAGGUCGGCCGUUCUUUGUGGUUUACAGUUUUCACAAAAGAUGCAAGAUUUCCCCCAAAACAUUGUAAAUAAAAUCCAGCAAUAUCAAAAACCUUGCCAUAUGACCAAAAUCUAAAUAUUGUUUCUAUUUGUUUAGACACUAUUCACAAACUACAGAUGAGGUUUUUUUGCUUAAUAUCAAGAGCAGGGGAAGCACCCAAAUUUGGUUUUUUUUUUUCAUUUUUGUUUACUAAAUGUGCAGUAUCUUUUUCUUUUUUCUAUUUUGAAAAUGAGCGAUUGGAUUAUGAACACCCGUAAU